AUGGAACCCGCCAACGAUGUCAGCCACACAGAGCUUUCUGUUACUUUCCAGCCGCCACUCUUCCUAGAGAGGAGAGGCUGGGUAUUCGAGAUUCUGCGAAGGGAAGGUGUCCACAAUGUCCUCGACGUAGGAUGUGGUGAGGGCGAUCUCAUUUCAUGUUUGUGUAAUCCUGCCCCUUGGCUCCUGGCGCCACCACCAUCUGUGCUCAAGUCCCUUGUGACGUCCGCUACUGUGCAACGCGAAGAGAUCGAGUGCUCGAAACUGCAAGCGGCAGUGGCUCAUGAGUCUUACUUACACCCGACAAAGGUUAUGGGUCUCGAUAUUUCCGCGACCGACCUUGCAUAUGCUAUCCAGGGAACGGCACCGAGGCCACAAUCAACCGACAGCCUGUCGGUCAGCUCCAUUCGCUGGGAGCCCUUCGAGGUAGAGAUCUGGCAAGGCGGGCUGCAAUCAAUCAACCCGGAGUUCGUGGAUGUUGAAUGCAUCGUGUCUACCGAAGUCAUUGAACAUCUGCCGGAGAACGUUUUACAGGAUUUCGCACCAAUCAUGCUUGGAGCAUACCAUCCCAAGCUGCUACUAAUCACGACCCCUUCCUACACAUUCAACGCCCGGUUCACUGCCCCCGAUUCCCCCGCAUCUGCACGAAGCGGCUUCCUGGACCCCACCGGACGGACAAACCGUAUAUUCCGGCAUCAUGACCACAAAUUCGAGUGGACGAUCGAAGAGUUCACAACAUGGUGCGAACAGGUAGCCGACGAAUGGGAGUACGAGGUAGAGGUAGGCGGUGUAGGGAAGCCACUCGAGAAAGACGAGUGGGGCAGGGACGAAGAACUGGGCCACGCGAGCCAAACCGCGGCGUUCCGCAGGCGAGAUGGAGCAGACUACGCAGCUGGACGAGCCCAGCGUCUCCAGCAGGUAGCAAGCCUUCAAGAUGUGGAGAACAGAGAGCAGCACGUCCUCUUGAGCGCGCACGUCCACGAGGCGAACGAGAAAGCGCGCCAGCCGGUUUCCCUCCCAGAAAUUGGCGACCUCACCAAAGCCAGGAUGAUAUACUAUCGCGAUGCUGUCAUGCGGCUUCGAGAGCUUUGGUUCGACGACGAGAUCGCUAUGGCUUGUGGGGGCUGGAUCGAGGUCUUCGUCAGGGCUGUGGAGGGACACCCCGACCUGCGGCUGCUCACAACGGACACCGAGGGGCUAACAGACUGGGAAAUCGAGGUCGUUGGCGAAGCCCGUCACGACGAGAAGGUGCUUUGGCGGAACGAUGUGCGAUACGAGGACUCCGACGGCAGCACACUCUCCUCCGCAUGGACAACUGAACUGGAGUCGCCGGUGCCUGAACAUCCUGUCAUGGGUGACCUGGAGGGCGUCAAGUCUCACUGGGAGGACUCUUCCAAAGAUGAUAUGGUGUUCGGCGACAAGAUCUCUCCUCAAUGGCCCACCUCAACGCUGCUACCAGAUAAUUGGGGUGCGGACGAAGCUCGGAGCUGGGGUCCAGCUGCGGACUGGGGCGAGGACGUCACUAUACCUGCGGUCGACACAGACGCAGUCUGGUAG